CCUCCCCAAGUGUUCAUGCCAUUGUGGUGCUGCCCUCCUCCCCCUCUCUCAAGAGGCUGCCGUAAGGCGAAGGCGGGGAAUAGAACUGCGCAUGAAGGAGGGCAAUCAAGACAGCCAGAGACUGCUGCUGCUUUGAAACGUACGCUAGAAGCCCUGAUGGACAGAGGGGCGAUAGUGAGGAACUUGGAAAAUCUGGGUGACCGAGCGCUGCCUUAUAAGAUUUCCGCCCACAGCCAGCAGCACAGAAGAGGAGGGUAUUUCUUGGUGGACUUUUAUGCACCAGCCACAGCUGUCCAGAGCAUAAUGGAACAUUUGUCCCGAGACAUUGAUGUGAUUAGACCGAAUGUUGUAAAACACCCUCUGACCCAGGAAGUGAAAGAGUGUGAGGGGAUUGUCCCUGUCCCACUCGAAGAAAAACUGUAUUCCACAAAGAAGAGGAAGUGAGAAGAUUUACCACAUUUUAGCUUUGUAUUUAAUUCUCUCACUUUUAAGUGUCAUGGAUUAAAAAUUUACAAACUUGAUGCUUA